CAGAAACUGAACAAGAAGAAGAACAACAAAGGCAGGUUCUAUCAACAAAAGCAAGGAAAUGGAAGCUGCAGCAGACGAGUUUGUAUACAGAAUCAGUACAUCCAAGGAGUGGGAAGAGUCGCGGAGCGCUGGUCAUAUCUAUGGCGGAGAAUUCGACAACGUCUCUGGAUUCAUUCAUCUCAGUAACCUCAAUCAGGUCCAGCCAACUUUGCAGAAUUUCUUCCAGAAUACCAAGGAGGAAUUGUAUCUCCUUCAGAUUGAGACCAAAAAGCUUGGUGAUGGAUUGAUUUAUGAACUUGUGGAUGGUUCCAAUAGCUUCCCUCAUUUCUAUGGUCCUUCUCGAAGCUUCAGCCCUAUCCCAAUAGAUGCAGUAACCAAAGCAGAGAAACUAACUCUUUCUGGUGGUCGAUAUGCUUGUAGUUUUCUCGAAUAGCUUUAGUUGGCCAUUCCAAAUUUGUAUUGUAUCACCAAGCCAAGUCCUGCUCAAGGUUCUAGGCUGGCUGCAUAAGCCAAGCGCCUACAACACUGCAGCUUGUUUUUGUUUUAAUUUGUAAARUACAUUGGAACCCUUGGUGUAAUUGUAGAAAAAAUUCCAGGGAUCUCGAUGCUGUGAAUCUUCUGGGUAGUGACCUGUUGUAAUUGAUUCGUUCUAUUACARCAUUCGUGUCCAAGAGCCAUGCUUCAGGAUAUUGCAUUGUCAAUGCUUCAUUCAUCAGGAMAAAUUGGGAAUAAAAAUGAUCACUUGAGAUUGUGGAGAAGACAUCAA